CACUAGCAUCUCUUCCUUUGUUCUUAGAAUUCUCCAAAUUAAAAUUUGCAUCCUCCUUUCCUUGACAAAAUCUACUUGCCUCAAAUUGUUUAUCUAGCUAGCUCUACUUGUUAUCCUUUCAACUAAUCAAACUAUGAUGUGGAGAUGUUUUUGCUGCCAAUCCCUAGAGCAUCCAAAGAUAAGAAGUGCAAGCAAGACUAGUAAUGGGGAUUACCCAUGGGAGAGAUAUUCCUUAAAAGAAAUUGUUCAUGCGACCAACAACUUCCAUAACGACAACAAGAUCGGAGAGGGCGGGUUUGGUACCGUUUACCGGGGACGCACAAGUGAAGGUGUCGAGAUAGCAGUGAAACGACUCAAGGCCAUGAGUGCAAAGGCAGAGAUGGAAUUCGCCGUGGAAGUGGAGAUUCUUGGCUGGGUGAGACACAAGAAUUUAUUGGGUUUGAGGGGAUUCUAUGCUGGUGGAGAUGAGAGACUAAUUGUCUAUGAUUAUAUGCCUAAUCAUAGCUUGAUCACCCAUCUCCAUGGAAAAUUAGCUGCCGAUUGCCUACUAGAUUGGUCUCGGAGAAUGAAAAUAGUCAUCGGAUCAGCCGAAGGAUUAGCAUACUUGCACCAUGAGGCCAAUCCACACAUAAUACACAGAGACAUAAAGGCAAGCAAUGUACUUUUAGACAUAGAUUUCCAAGCAAAGGUAGCUGAUUUUGGUUUUGCAAAGCUGAUACCGGAGGGAGUUAGCCACUUGACCACUAGAGUGAAGGGAACAAUAGGGUAUUUGGCCCUUGAAUAUGCUAUGUGGGGGAAAGUUUCAGAGAGUUGUGAUGUUUAUAGCUUCGGAAUAUUACUUCUUGAAAUAAUUAGUGCAAGAAAGCCCCUGGAGAAGCUCCUUGGUGGAGUAAAACGUGACAUUGUUCAAUGGGCCACCCCAUAUGUCCAAAAAGGCGCAUUUGAUCGAAUUGCUGAUCUCAGAUUGAAGGGCAACUAUGACUGUGGUCAGGUAAAAUUGUUGAUCUUGCUCGCCAUGAAAUGCACCGAGACCAAUCCAGAGAACCAGCCGACCACGAUCGAGGUGGUGGAUUGGCUUAAAGGCGGAGCAGGGAGGAGGAAAAAGGAGGUGACGCACAUUCAAGUGGAAGAUAUGGUUGGAGAAGGAGGAGGAGAAGACAGUAUCAAAUGACAUUGUCAAUAUCGUAGGUGGCAAAAUAUAUAUUGGCAUAUUGCCAGACCAGCAAGCGUUGUAUACUUUGCAGGUCAUUUUAGAGAAUUUAUACAAGACAUUAGACCUAUGGA